ACAAUAGGCCUAUAUUCGGCAGACACGCACUCUCAUCCGUAUACCACCAGCAACUUAAUAACCAUUUGUAUAACACUAAUACGCUCUCUACAUCUAAGAUUCUCAAUAAUGAAUACCUUAAUGGUAAUGGGAUACGGAAACAGCAUUGCUAUGUCUCAAAUACUGGUGGUAGUAGUAGAGAUCUUACUUCUAGUGAAAAUCGGUGAACCAUUAGAGUGUAAAAGGAAAGAGAUUGUUACCAAUACGCCUGUGAUUUCAAGCAAUUGCUAUCGAGAGUGCGAAUAUCCGUCUAAACCAACGGUAUGCGAAUAUGAAUUUAACGUCGUAUUACACCAGACAAUGUCAGCUCAUUGUGGGGACUGUCCGUUUAAGAAAGAAGACUGUAAUCUCGAAAAGUGUGUACCUGUUGACGGGUCUUCAAGACCUUUGAUAGCUGUAAAUGGAUCAUUACCAGGACCAAGCAUUGUGGUUUGCGAAGGUGAUACAAUACGAGUGAAGGUAACAAACAACUUACAAUCCGGUGCUGGAGUAACAAUGCAUUGGCACGGGAUUCAUCAGACAAACACGAACUGGAUGGACGGGGUCCCGCGCGCGACACAAUGCGCAGUAGCACGCGGGUCAUCGUUUGUCUACGAGUUUAUUGCUGAGCCCGCUGGAACACAUUGGUGGCACUCACACGCAGGUUACCAGAGGGCAAGUGGCGCUUUUGGUCCUUUGAUUGUGAGAAAAUCUCGAAAAACAGAGUUUAACAGCAACACAUAUGAUUUCGAUCUACCGGAACAUACCAUGACGCUAACGGAUUGGGCUGAUAUGACAUCGUUAGACAUUGCACUUAAAGUCAACAUUCCCGCUUUAAAUCCUAGAUCUCAGACAGUUACUAUACUAAUGAACGGAAAAGGAGAAAGAAUUGAAUUUUUCGACGAAACUGGUCAGAUAUUUAAAACACCGAGACAAAUGUUUGAAGUUGAAGCAGGGAAGAAGUAUAAAAUACGAUUAAUAGGCGCAUUUAUAGCAGCAUGCAUGACGUCAUUUCACAUAGAAAAACACAGCAUGACGAUUAUUAGCACAGAAGGCGGAGAAAUAAUCCCAUACGAAACUGAUUACUUAACGAUAGCUCAAGGAGAAAGGUACGACUUCGUUCUACAUGCCAACGCAGUGCCAUCAGCGUAUUGCAUAUAUGCAUCUGGUUACGGAAAUAGCUCGUGUCCGUCUAAUGCAACGUUCAUCCUGAAAUACAAAUCUAGUCCUUUAAAUAAUCCAACAUGCGCAUCAUAUGCUGUAGUUCCUGCAUCACAAGAUAGGGACCAAUAUAUGGGUAAUCGUUCGAAAGGAAUGUUCUCUGCAAUAGACUUUGUUUCUUCAGUAUAUAUACUCCUCCAUUAUUGCCCUUUGUGACGAAUGAGCCAGACGACUCGGAUAUUUGUCAGUCAACUCUAAACAAAACAUUUUACUAUACGUGCGGCAUGAAACAAUGUGUUUGUACAAAUAUUUUAAAAAUAAAACUCGGAAAGGUGGUAGAAAUUGUAUUUCUUAAUACUGAUGAAGAUAUUAUACAACAUCCAAUGCAUAUGCAUGGUGGCAGCUUCCGUCUUUUGGGAUUAGGUUCAUUCCACACUAAAAAAAUGACACUCGAUAACGUCAUUCAACUCGACAAAGAAGGUGGUCUGUUGAGAAAUUCUCCAGUCAAAGCUGCAUUAAAAGAUACAGUAAUGGUGCCUUCUAAUGGAUACGCCAUCUUAAGGAUGAAGGCAGAAAAUCCGGGUUACUGGUUCUUUCAUUGUCAUACUAUGAAUCACGGGGAAAGAGGAAUGGUUAUAGUUUUGCAGUUUGGUGAACCAAGUGAAAUGCCGAAGCCUCCAUUAGAUUUCCCAAGGUGUGAGGGUUGGGAACCGAAAUGAUCGCUGACAACAGACGUUAAUAAUGAAAGCAAAGUAGGGCUUGCAAACAUUUUAAAAAAGGAUUAAUGAGAAUGCUAGAUAUAAAUGUAUAGUUUAUAUUUAUAGCCUGAAUACAACGAAAUAUAUUAUAAUGAAAAGGAACAAUAGCAUCGGAUAUAAAGGUUGAAUAAUAUUUAAAAAAAACUUUUGGAUAUAUUAAUUUAGUAAAUUAUCUGGCUUUCUUAAUGUUUUUUUAUAUAUAUUUUUUUUAAUAUUGUGUGUUUUCGUUUAACUCUGAUAACAUUUUAAAGAGACAAGCAACAUAUUAGCAUUUGAAAAGUUUUUUUAGCAUUUGUUUUACCUUUCUUAACUAAAAUGUUAAUUGAUCAGAAACCUUGCUAAUUAAACGCUCUUAAUUAUCUGUUUAAUGUUUGUAAUUACUUUGUAAUGAACGCACUCCAAAGCUGUGAUGACGUUCCACUAUUACAAAAGUAGAGCUUCAAUAAAUUAUUAUAAGUAGUAGUAGACAAAGACGGUAUAAACAGAUAAAAAACAAAUGAUUUGAACAAACAGGACCAGUACAGAUAAAAUCAAAGAAAAAUCUUGACAAAAUCAUAACAAAAGCAACAGAUUUCAUAUUAAUGUAAAACUCAUGGAGAACUUAAUAACACUAUUUUUGUUUUAAUCUAAUGUAUAUAUUACUUAUAAUCUAUCUGACUGACUAUUCUCUGUAUAUAUAAUAAUAAGGAAUUGUUUUUAUAAUGCCUGAACCGUUAUAGUAUGUUAUUAUUAUUGAGAAAAUGUAUAUCUGCUUCUGCUUUUUCCAUCUCUUUGCUGGGUAUUAAUAAUAAUAAUAAUAAUAAUAAUAAUAA